CCUUCCCCUCCCUUGCUCCCCAACACGCGCCUCGGCCCCUCUCCCUGUGUCCAGCCCUUCUCAACUACUCGGGCUUCCCCUUUCCCCGCUGCCGGCGCGUCCGCGCUCGCCUCCCUCCGGCCCCCUGGCUUGCUGGGCGCGCGAUCGCCCCUUUCCUCGGACUCCCCUGCUUUGUCUUUGUCUUGCCUGAUCUUCCUCCUUUCUCUCCACCCGGCCAAAACACAAUGAUGGACUUCGAGGAUGACGACGGGGUCGAGUGCCUCAUCUGCAUGGAGCUUUAUGAUAUUGAUGAUCUGCAGUUCCGCCCUUGCGCAUGCUCCUUCCGUUGCUGCCCCUUCUGCUUCCAGCGAAUUCUCGACAGCAACAAUUCCAAGUGUGCACUAUGUCGCCGGCAGUUGUCGAUCAGCUCCGUGCGCAAGGUCCCCCUCUCACCAGAGCGACGCGCCUUCCUAGAGAAGAGGCUCGAGGAAGCUCGCGAGGACCGCGCUUAUCUGGAAGCCAAUCCACCGCCCAUCCCCAAGAUGCCGCUCUUGCCACCGGCCAUGGCCAACCGCAAGGCCACCCCUCCGACCGGCAGCGCGUCCGGCUCUUCGAGUUCCUCCGGCUCCGGCUCUGCCUCAGCGAGUGGGGUCCUGUCGUAUAGUUUUGUCUCGGCGUCCGGGGCGGCGGCGGCGGCGGCGGCCGCCUCUUCGUCCGGCCCGCGUGGCGGUGCCAGCGGCGGGGACUUCCCCACUCCGGCAGCCGCUGCCGCCAGUACCAGCAGCAGCCGAGCUCCUCUCAUGGAUCCGGAAUAUCGCCGGUAUCUGGAGUCCGUGCGCGUCAUCGUCCAGCACAUUGUGUAUGUGGUCGCCAGCUCCAGCGGCCAUGGCAACAAGGGGACCUUCCUCUUCAAUCGCGAUGUCGAUGCCGUACGCCGGCACUUCCAGCAAUACGGCCGGGUUCGGCAUGUUCACCGGUCGCAGCCCUCCUCCACCUCCUCCAAGUCCGGUGGCGGGGGCUUCUACGUGCACUUCUACAACCCCUCGGAUGCCCGCCAGGCGGUCAUCCACGAGGACCAGGCCGAGGUGGAUGGUGUCACCCUCAGGGUCAUGCUGGCUUUGUCGAAGUUUUGCUCGUCAUACUUCACGCGCGAAUCGACCUCGGCUCCGGCGGUCUGUUCGCGCGGCGAGGAGUGCUACUUCGUGCAUGAGGAUGUCGACCAGAGCCUCCUCUUCACCGAUGAAGAGGUCCAGCAGGGCAAGCACUACUCCCUGUAUGGCACUCGGCAGUUGAUGAACAUGGAGUCCUCCCGCCCGGGGGACAACUUCGUCGAGGUGUCCGGCGGCAACCAGCGCCAGGCUCUGAAGGCGUCCUACGCACGGCCGGCCCCCUGGGCAGACAUGUCCGGCGCCAGUACCGGGGCCGCGGCGGCUGCGGCAUCCAACAACACAAGCGCCGGGCGCACCGGUGCCGGGGUUGCCGGGGGGCAACACUCGGCCGGCGGUCGGUCGGCCUCGCAGGGGGUCCUGUCCGGCGGGCCAGGUGGCCGGGUAUCUGCCACCGGGGCCAAGGCCGCCAAUGCCGGCUCAUCCAUGAGUGCUUGGGAUGAUCCAUCGAUUUCGGCCAUGGCGGCGGGUUCCUCCUCGUCGUCUGCAUCGAGUGGCGCCGCGUCGCCCUGGGCGGCGGCGGCCCGCUCGGGCGCCGCGGUCGCGGCCACCAGUCAGCCGGCUGGCGGUGUCCCGGGGUCCUCCGGUUCCGGGCCCGGUGCCUAUGGCGGCUCUUUCGGGCCUGGCGCUGGAGGAAUGGGCGCAUCGUCGGGCUCGGGGGGCCUGGGCGCCGCGCCCGCUGGCGUGACUGCCAGCUCGGCUGGCUUGGAUUCCAGUGACUUCCCGCCCCUGUCGGCCACCGGGCCGGGGGCCGGGCCCGGAGCCGUAGGGGUCGGGGCAUCCGGGGUGUCGAACGCCGGUUCCGCCUCCGGCCGGCAGCGUUCUCGUCGUUCGGUGCCCUUGGAAUCGAUUGCUACGCCCCGCCGGGCCUGGGCACCGAUCGCCACCACGCCCGCCACCGCCGGGUCGGCCGCGAUCAAUGAGCCCGCCACCAUGGGGCCCGGCUCCGGCGGGGUGCCAGCACCCGGGGCCACUCCCGCGCCGUGGGGGCUGGCCACUCCGGCCCCGGCCCCGGCCCCGGCCCCGGCUCCGGCCCCGGCCCCGGCGCCAGUGCGCCGUGAGACCAAGCGCGAGGCCGUGGUCAUCCACCUGGGUGCUGGUGGAUCGGCCGAGGUGAAGAAGUCCACCCUGGUGACGGAUGCCCAGAAGCGGGCGGCGGCGGCGGCGGCGGCGGCGUCUUCCUCCACCGCGGCGACAGCCUCGCCUGAGGAACCGGCCGCCCGUCGGUCCCCGACUCCGCCGGCCACCGGUGACUCGCCGACCCCGGCGCCAGUGGCGGUGGAGCCUGCCUCGGCCCCCAGCGCGCGGCCCCUGUCGGCCAAGCAGCUCCGUGCGGCGGCACAGGCUUCCAAGGCUGCGGCGGCGGCUGCCGUCGCGGCCGCCACCGCCGCCGCCACCGAGCCGGACACCUCGGCCUCGGAUCCCUCCACGCCGAGUCUGUCUCGAGGUGGCACCCCUUCGCCGGCGAUGGCCGCCGAUCCGGCGGCCCCCUCGGCCUCUACCCCGUCGACAUCGUCGGCCUCCGCGGCUGGGAGUCCGAUCCUGGCCGAUGGAUCGGCCUCCGGCCUGGCGACCGAGGCGAUGGGCAGCCGGCCGGGGUCGGCCGCGGCCACUGCGGCCGUCGCCGCGGCCGUCGCCGCCGGCGCCAUGUUCACCCCGACCCCGAUGGAUAUGGAUCACUUCUUGUCCGAGUUCGGUCGCGACGUGUUGGAUUCCUUCCACCGGGCGUCUUUCGGUUUGGCCCCGCCGGCGGCGGUCGCUGCCACCAUGGCCUCCGGUCCGACGGUGGCCGGGGCCCCGGCCCCAAGCCCCUCGGGCGCCAGUGCACCGGCCUCGGUCGGACCGCCGGGCGCCGCGGCUCCGACUCCGGGGGGCAGCUCCUCGCGCUCACAGCUGCUGGCCGGCUUGUUCCAGCCGCCGGCCGGCCAGCGCCCGGGCGCGGUGCGCCCUCCGCCCCCGGCCGGCGAGCUGGCCAAGCCCCCGGCUGGGGGGUCUGUUUUCGGCCUGUCCGAUGCCCCUCCCGGGGGGGUUCCCAUGCCGGGGCCGGCCGCGGGGCCGGGCUUCAGCCCGCUGGGCCGGCCGAAGGUCAUGCUGGCCACCCACGCGGGCAAUUCGCCGCAGCUCCUGCCGGCCGGUCUCGGCCAUGCUCACCCCCACCAUCCGUAUGGCCAUCACCUGUAUGGCGGCCAGAUGUACCCCGGCGGGGGCCCUUUCAUGCCGAUGAUGUCCGGGGCUGUUCGGCCGCCUCCCAUGGGGUCGGCCGCCGGCGGGGCUCCUGGGCCCGGUGGCGUGUCGGCCCCCCUGCGUCCGAUGCCCGGCGGUGCCGAGGUGCAUCAGCAGUUCCUGUGUGCCAAGUUCCCGGACUUGGAAUUCGACUUCGAUUCAGAUGAUGUUGAUGCGGCGCCGGCGGCGGCGCUCCCGAUGCCAGCUGUGCCCGGAGCCCAGUGGGGCCCCCCGACAGCCGGCGGGCUUGCUGCCCCGCCUCUGGCCGGUCCGGCUCCCGGUGGGUCCCCCCCCGCCGGCGGCGAGGGUGUGGUCGAUCCCGAGGCCGGCCCGGUGAUGUCUGCCCCGGUGGGCUUCCAGCCGCUGGGCCCGGGCCCGGGCUCGUCGUCAGUUGGUGCUGCGGCUGCCGCGGCGGCGGCGGCCGCCAGUGCCAUGGCCAUGUCCGGCGCCGGCCGCGGCCGGCCCCCGCCGAUGGGGGCCUUUGGUCCGACGCCCAGUCUGCCUGUUUCGGUUCCUGUGCCGGCCCCGGCCGCUGGUGCCUCGGUUGUGCCUGUGUCCAUGGGCGGGCCGCCGGCCCGGCCGCCGCCGCCGCCGCCGCCGCCGGCCGGUGCCGUGGUCCAGCCCCCGGCCGCCGACCGGCCCUCGGUCGAUGUUGCGCAGCAUGCGCGUGUGCUGGCCGCCAUGUCGGCGGCCGAUGUGGCCCAGAUGUUCAGCCCUUCCGCGCUCCCUGCCACCGGCCUGGGUGCUCUGCUGCCGCCGGGCGGCGCCGGGGGCGCGACCCUGGCCACCCAUUCGCUGACCGGGGAUUUCCCCCUCCCUGGCACCCUGGCCGACCAAAAGCAGUCGCUCAUUUCAAGCCCCAUCCAUGCGAAGCUGAUCGCCGGGCCCGGGUCCAUCUAUCCCUACUUCAAGUACUUCUCCGAGCUGUACUUCACCAAUCCGGAGAAUGAGCUACGCAAUCCGAACAACCUGCGGCUGCGGCUGCUGAAGUACGGCCUCACGGCCGAGGAGAUCAUGGCCAUCUUCAUGGAGGGGCCGCUGCAUGGGUGCGUGCGCUUCGGCCUUCAGUCGAUCGUGCGUGACAUGAUUCCCGAGUAUCUCGGGGAGCUGAACCGGCACAAUGCCAGCGGCUAUGCGCCGAUCCACAUCGUGGCCGGCAUGUCGCCGGUGGCCGCAACGGCGGCCGCAACUUCCACCACCACGGCGGCGGCGGCAGCGGCGGCGGCGGCGGCGGCCGUGGCAGCGGCGGCGGCCGUCACCACUGCCCCCCCCGCCGAGGACAAUGCCGAGAGUGUCACCACCAUGGCUGCCGAGGCGGCCGACCCGGCGGUCGUGGACUUCCGCAGUCUCGGCCUGGUGAUGACCCCGAACACGGAUCGGCCCUUCGCCCCGGUGAGCAAGCAUACCGACUUUGAUGGGUCGGUGGCCACGAGCGCCGGGCCGGGCAGCGCCUUCGAUGACACCUACAAGUCCACCUUCCUGCUGGCUUUCCUGCUGAAGUGCGAUGCCGAAGUGGACCUGCCGGUUGUGCCGACCGGCGAGACGGCCCUGCACCUGGCCGUCCGGGCACAGCACUUCACCCAUGUGUGUGUCUUGCUGGAGGCCCAGGCCAGCGUCCAUGCACGCAGCGCCGGCCCCGAGGGGAAGACCCCGCUGGAGCUGGCUCGCGAGCUGGCCGCCGCUCCCGGCGCCUCGGCCCUCGCCCAGGACAUUCUCGGCGCCAUUUCCUUCCACGAGGCGCAGCUUGAGGCCGGGGCGCGUCGCCGGGCGGCGGGCAUCAUCGACCCGUCGGCCGGAGCCGGCCGGGCUUCGGGGUCGUCAUCGUCCAUGUCGGGCAGCAGCGAUUCCGGCCUGCCUUCCUCCGACUCGGACUCGCGCGGGUCCUCACCUUCGCCCUCUUCGAGUGCUGCCUUCUACUUCCCACGGGAGGGCGGCCCUGCGAACUCGCUGACCGUCGACCAAAUUCGCCUUCUGUCCGAGCAACUGCUGGCCAUGAGUUCCGACCAUGAGUCGGAGGAUGAUCUGGAUGAGUCGGAGAUGGCUGCCACUUCGGUUGGCGGUGGCUCGGGCCCCGGGCGCCGGCUCUUCCAUCCGGACGCGGCGGUGGUCACCUCCGACGAGGAGCCGGAGGAGGGGCCCCUGUACGACGAGUCCGAAGAUGCGGCCACCAUUCGCCGGGCCUUCUUCCGGUCGGUGGCUGCCCAUCUAGAUGGUGAUGGGGCAGAUGGCGAUGCGGAUGACCUGCCUGGCGGGGAUGCCGAUGUCGGGGCCGGCCACUCUUCGGGUGCCGAUGAUGUGCAGGACCCCGGCCACCUGCGCUUCCCGCCGCAGUAUGGCCAUUCGGGCCCCGGCUCCGGCGACUUCCCUGUGGCUGGGGUUGAUGGGCCCUUCUCCUUCGGGGCUGGCAGUGCCGCCGCCGCCGCGGCCGAGGACCUCAGCGGUGUGACCACCGACGAGGCGGGCCCCAGCGAUGGGGGCCACUUGACUGAGGCUGCUACGGCGGCUGCGGCGGCUGCGGCUGCAGCUGCGGCGGCGGCUGCGGCGGCUGCCGCCGUGUCGGCCACUCCCCCCGCCACGGAUGCCUCGUCCAAUCGGGUGCGCUUGCUCUUCGACAGUUUCCCGUCCGGUCUCGGGAAGGGCGUCCCGGCCCCCGUUCCCACGGUGGAGGCGCCCCCUGCACCGGUGGAGUCUACGGCGGCCGAGCCUGUGCCCGGUGCCGGGUCGGCCCGCGCCACCAGCAAGGUUCCGGCGGUGGUCUUGCACAAGCCCGCCGUGGCGACGGCCGGCCCCGCGGCGGCCCCCGCCUCGGGCACGACCGCCCCGGCGGUGAGCCUGCCUCGCGUGACACCGACCUUCUCCCUGGCCAGCGUGCUCGGCGGCGGUCGCCCCGGCGCCCCGGCCCCCACCGAUGCCUCCCCCAUGGCGGCGGACUUCCACCCUGCGGCAUCGGCGUCGGCGUCAGCGUCGGCGUCGACCGGCUUGUCGGGUGCCCCGGUCGCCCUGGCCAACUCGGAGGCCGAUCGCAUGGCCACCGGAUCCUCGUCGGCCCUCGGCCAGGUGACUUCCACUGCGCCGUCCGCCGGCGCCGGGGUAGCCACUCCCGGCCCUCCGGCUCUGGUGCAGCUGUCAUCCGCCGCCACUCCAGCGGCGGUGACCAUUGCCUCGACGGCCGGGGCCGGGGCGUCGCUCACCCCCCCGGGGGGGGCGCAAAUCGACUCGUCGGCGCCGUUGGCCGUCAGCCCGGGUGCCGCCGCGGCCGCCCCGAUCAGUCUCCCGGCCACGGUGUCGGCGUCCCCCUUCGGCAAGGGGCAUCUUGGUGGUCGCCACUCGGCUUCGGCCUCGACGGCUUCGACCCCCGGCAAGAGCGGCCUCCUGGCCAAUCUCCUUUCCGGCCCGGCUCCCUCGCCGUCGCCAUCCGCAAGUGUGGCCAAGCCCUCUUCGGCCACGGUGACCGGCGAUGCGGCUGGCGAAUUGCAUAUUCACAGCUCGCUCGGCGGCGGGUCGGGCACGGGGCUUUCCACUUCGGGCAGCCUGCCGCCGAUGCCCGCGGCGCCGGUGACGGCCACCAACACCGGCGCCGGGUCCACCUCCAGCAACCGGCUGUUGAACCACCUGUUUAGUGCUCGGACGCCGAGCAUCCCGUUGCCGCCGCUGGCCGGUUCGGCGGCGGACCCGGCAAGCGCCGGCAAGCAGGCGAACUCCUUCCUGUUCCGGGUGCCGCCUGCCGCGACAAGCUCCACCGCCACCUCCCUGCCGUCUUCCUCCUCUUCCUCCUCGUCCUCGCUGGCGGCGGUGAUCACCUCGGCCCCGGCCAAUGCCGGGGGCAGUGCAGCCGGCGCGGCGGCCGUGGCUGACUCCCCUGCCACCGGCGCCCCUUCCGCCCCUGCCGUGGCCUCCGGCGCUGCGUCCUCUUCGGUGGGCGACUCGCUGCCCGCGGUGAGUGCGGAUGUCGGGUCCCAGUUCCAGCAUGCUGAUGAGGCGGCCUCGGCUCCGGGGACCGGUGGCGGUGGUGAUGUUGAUCCCUUGGAGGUGGCGGCCGCCGCGCAUCGGGCCCAGCUGCACGCGGCUGGCGGUGUGUCUCAUCACCCCCAUCCUCACCACCACCACCACCACCACCACCACCACCACAUUCACCAUGGCGGCCAUCAUGGCCAGCACCGGUUCCUUGGUCACCAUAUGCCUUUGCCGCCGGGUCAGGCGUCUCAGGCCGGUGGUGGGGUUUCUGCCCCUCCGGCGACGACGGGGCCCUUCCACCCUCAUGGCCAUCACCAUGGGCAUCCUCAUCAUCCUCAUCAUGGUCAUCACGGUCACCAUGGGCAUCAUGGGCAUCAUGCUCACCAUUCCCAUCACCACCAUCAUGCCGGCCAGCAGUCCCCAGCGGCCCAGCAGGCAGAGCCGUCGGCUGGCCAGCCGCAGCUGGCCGGCCAGUCGCUCGGUAAUGCCCAGGCCGGCCAGCAGUCCGGUCUCCUGCAGCACUUCUUCCAUCAUAUUCCCGUGCAGACGCUGGGCGUCAUGCCGGUGGGUGGUUUCCCGGCUGGGGCCGGGCGUGGCCGUGGCCGUGGCACUCCGCUGCCGGCCGGGGCCAAUGGGUCGCCGGUUCCCGGGGCCCCGGCGUCCCUCCCCCCGCUGCCGGUCCUUCACCCGGCGGCCGGGGCCACGGCCACCGCUGGAGCCGGCGUUGGCCGCGGCAAUGCUGCGGUUGUUCUCCCCGCGCAGCGCUAUAUGGCCACCGCCGCCGCCGCCCGGGGCGAUGCCGAUGACGCCUCCCAUCAGUAA